ACAGAGAAAUGUUUCCCAUGAAACACUCUUGGACCAUGUAUUAGAGCUGAUUAUGAAUGAGAAGCCUCCAAACAGCACCAGCCUGUUUCUGAGUGAAGAUUCUGAGAAGCCACAGCGUGCUGAGGAGGGGCUCCACCGUCUGUGUCGAGUAUUACAGAAGCAGAUGUCAGGAAGUAGGCGAAAGAUGGGCUGCAUCACACGAGACAGCGUCAAGACAUUCCUGCGAAGGAAUGCGUUUGUAAUCUUCACAGUGGCUGCUGUGGCUUUAGGGGUGGUGCUGGGUUUUGCCUUGAGACCUCAUAACCUGUCCAUCAGGGAGGUGAAGUAUUUCUCUUUCCCUGGAGAGCUGCUUAUGAGGAUGCUUCAAAUGCUUGUUCUACCCCUCAUCGUCUCCAGCCUUGUCACAGGAAUUUCCUCUUUGGACAGCAAGGCUUCUGGGAAGAUGGGAAUCCGGGCCAUUGUCUACUACAUGGUGACUACGCUUAUAGCAGUUUUCAUCGGUAUUGUCAUGGUGAUUAUUAUCAGGCCGGGUAAAGGCAGCAGGGAUAGGCCAGUGGCCUCUAGUGGCAGCAUUGAGCCAGUGCAGGCCGCUGAUGCGUUUCUGGACCUGAUAAGAAAUAUGUUUCCACCAAAUUUAGUUGAAGCCUGCUUUAAACAGUACAAAACACUAUACAAGAAAACUGUGCUGACAAAAAAUGUCACCAUCAUGGUCAAUGCGACAGACAGCAUCAACUCUACAGAUCUCAGCCAAGUAUCCAACUUCAGCACAAUCCUGCAGACCAUCCAGGAGACGGUGGAAGAGGUGGUUCCUGUCUCAGGUUCCUCAAAUGGGGUGAAUGCCUUGGGGUUGGUGGUCUUCUCCAUGUGCUUCGGAUUAGUGAUUGGAAACAUGAAACAGCAGGGCCAGGCUCUCCGGGACUUCUUUGACUGCCUGAACGAAGCUAUAAUGCGCUUGGUGGCCAUCAUUAUCUGGUACGCUCCGGUGGGUAUCCUCUUCCUGAUUGCAGGGAAGAUUGUAGAGAUGAAAGACCUUGCUCAGGUGGGCGGACAAUUAGGGAUGUACACGGUAUCUGUCAUUGUCGGGCUACUCAUCCACGGCCUGUUCGUUCUGCCUCUGCUCUUCUUUGUGGUGACCAAGAAGAACCCUUUCACCUUUAUUGCUGGGCUGCUACAGGCUCUGAUCACCGCUCUAGGCACCUCAUCCAGCUCUGCCACCCUGCCCAUCACUUUCCGUUGUCUUGAAGAAAACAACCAUGUGGACAAACGAGUGACACGUUUUGUGCUACCAGUUGGAGCCACAAUCAAUAUGGAUGGCACAGCUCUGUAUGAGGCAGUGGCGGCCAUUUUUAUUGCACAGGUCAAUGACAUGGACCUGAACUUUGGCCAGAUCCUCACCAUCAGUAUUACGGCGACUGCCGCUAGCAUCGGAGCAGCAGGCAUCCCUCAGGCUGGGCUGGUUACUAUGGUGAUAGUAUUGACAUCGGUGGGACUGCCCACAGAGGACAUUACACUGAUCAUCGCAGUGGACUGGUUCCUGUGAGUCUCUCUCAAAUGU